AACUAAUAACAUCAAAAUAUUACAAAAAAAUAAAUAAAAAAUUUAAACAAAUAGUUAUUAAAAAAAUUAAAUAAUAUAAUUAAUUAAGCAGAAAAUAUUUUAAAUAAAUUUGAAAAUAUGUAGUAAAAACAAUAGAAAUUAAAACAAAAAAAGUGCCUUGUUUUGUGAACAAAUUAAAUUGUUAAAAAUAUAUAAAAAAAAUUUAAUAAGUAAAGGAAAAAUUAAAAAAAGCAAAAAAAGUUUUACUAAGAAAUGUAAAGCCAGUGAAGUUCAAGGAAUCCAAUGUGUGUUUUUUUCAAAAUUUCAUUGCACAAGACGGUGUAAAAAUCAAUAAUCAGACACACAAUAAUUUGACAAAACAAACAAAAAGCAAGAAAUAAUAAUAACAAAAAAUAUAUACAUACAUAUACAUAUUUCAUUUGAUGGCCAGGAGUCCCUCAAACUAAGAGAAAAGUGAGGAGAAGAAGGAGGUGCUUGGUAUUGGGCAACAACAUCACAUGUCUAUACUAGGAAACAUGUUCAGCUUAAACAUCAUGAUGAACAUGAACUCUCGUAAACAAUAGAGUGUAAUAUACUAUAAUCGGUUAAAUUGCGGGUUUUUUUUUAUUCUUGUUAUUGUUGUUGCUGUUCUUUGCUGACGUUGGCUGCAGCCUGUAAUUUAAUUGUAUGUAAAUGUUUUAGAUUGCCAGCGCCGCAGCUAAUCUUGUGGCAGCAUUAGCAUUGUUAUAAUAUGACCAGUCAAGUGUUAUUAUGUGUGUUUUCAAAUAUGUACUUAGUGUAAUGUAAAAAUAUUAUGGGUAAAAUGUAAUAAAUGUAUAAAGAAAAAAACUCAAAAACCUUAAAGAAAAAGAAAUAAAAGUUCAAUAGUUUCAUUGAACUUACACUUACAAUGUAAAUGUCUUUGCCAAACAACAACAACCGCAGCAGCAGUUAGUAAUUUAUAAUGGCAGCAUCUAAGUGAUAUAACAACAAACAAACAAACCUUGUUCUAAGUUAAGAAAAACCUACAGACAUUGAUUUUUUUUAUAUAUGACUGUUAAAUUAUUUUAAAAUCAAAAGCAAUAAAUACACUUAUAAACCUUUAUAAACAGCCACACAAAUGUUAAAAUGUUUAAUUCCACGCCUUCACAACCAGCCACACCACCACCGGUGGGUGAAACAUCACGCAUUAAAAGCUUUAUGGGUCGUACACCAGCCAUUGGUAUAUUGAAAUCGAAAUUCUUAACAGUUUUGGGAAAUAGUAAUGAAUUAUUAAAUGGCAUUUCAUCAAAGUUUACCCUUAAUAUCAGUUCAAGUGAUUCGGACUAUUGUGAUGAUGAUGAGGAAGAAAUGCCUAAAUUUGAUGAAUCCAUUGAUUAUACGAAAAUAGACUAUGAGGCUCGUAGGGUAAAGGCACGACGAGCACAUGAAGAAAUCAUAUCUGGUCGCUAUAGACAACCGAACUUAGCACCAAGACCUCGCUUGGAUGCCUUGCGCAAUAAGAAACGUGACAAAUCCCGUUCAUCUUCUUCAUCAUCUACCUCCUCGUCAUCGUCUACCUCAACUUCCUCGAGAUCGUUUCAAAACAAUCUACAGGAUAGAUCUCAUGUUAGCAGCACUACACGUUCCGAUUCCAUAGAAUCCCGACAUUCGGGUGGUUAUGAAAGGGCACGAGCCAUACCCGGAGCUCGACGUAGUGAACUAGAUAUGCAAAGGGACCUAAUGAGAAUGCGUGAAAAUUCAACAGUUAAUACCACAAAUCCGGUGGUCGUUGCUGGUAGUACAGCGCCUCAUAUUGAGGUACAACCUCCCUCUUAUGAACGUGAACUUAGUAAAUCAUCUGUAGUUAAUGCCACUGCGGCCACCUCAAAUCAUUCCAUAAGAGUUCCUCCUGUUAGGCGUAAAAAUUCCAAUAGCAGUACUUUAACUAGUUUACGUGAUGACCUCGAGUGUCAGGUUAGUCCUAGUGUAGAGUCGACCGACUGGCGUAAUUUUAUACGUUCUGAAUCACAAAAUUCGGUGCCUUCAUGGGCCUCUUCCAUAAGUCUAGAUUGUCGUGCCGGUGAAGAGCCCAUCAAAGAAUUUAUGAAACGUUUCACCGACACCUUAUUCUCCAAUGCAAAUGCCAUUGAUUUGGAAUUGAAAUCGGAGUUUGGUGCCAUGACACGUUUAGAAAUAGGACGACAAUGGUUUGUACGUUUUCUGGUGGAUCAAAAGAAUAAAGUGAAGGUGGUGAAUGAAUUGACAUUUCAUUCUUUGAUACAACAUUUUGCUUUGGUUUUAUUCGAAUGCAAUGAAUGUGAGCAUUUUCCACCAGCUGCCAUUAUAAUGAAUUUGUGUUUUAUAUUUUAUCGUGAAAUUGAUGUUCCCGGUUGUGAUGCUUACCGUGAAUAUUUAUUUACUUUUAUGCGUGAACAGCCUAUAUGGUUGUCUUUGCGCUUUUGGAAUACAGCAUUUUUUGAAUCAAUACAAUCGGAAAGGGAUCAUCGUGUUUUGGCUAAACAAAAGAAACAGGAAAGACGUAAGGCUAAGCAAAAAACUAAAAAUGAAGUGGAGCCAGAAUCAAAGCCUCAGACAACUGAAACUGACAAUGAAGAAAAAGCUUUAAAUAAAACUGAAAUUUCCACCUCAAGUUCAUCUCAUCACAGUCACACCAAUAAAAUCAAAAGAGAACGUUCACCAAAAGUGGUCAAUGAGGCAGCAGCUAGCGAUAUAGAUAAAGAAAUGGAAAAUAUAUCAUUUCGCCAAUUAACUUCAUUUACUUGCAAUAUACAUGCCUUGGGAGCUCCACAAGAUUUGUGUUUGGAAUUUUUCAAAAAACAACAGGCCAUAUUAGCCUUGUCCAAAGAAAAAUCAAAAUUAAUACGUGAUAACAUCUAUCGCAUCUAUUAUGAAACCGAAAUGUGGGGCUUCAAACAAUCUUGAAGUCCCGGCGAGGCUUUAAAACAACAAAAAUAUUUCAAUUUUCGAAAUCAAAACUAUAAAGAUCAAAAUAAGUUUUCAUAGUUUUAUAUGGUAGUUAAACAAAUUAUUUAAUAUACAAAC